UAUGAAAUAUUUGAAUCUUAAAACAAUACUUACUUGAUAUGUGAAUAUUGUAAUGAAGGUGAUUUAGCAGACAUUUUAGAAUCUUCUACAUACACAGAAAAAGAUGCUUUAUAAGUUCUCCAAUAGAUUAUUUAAGGAGUUAAAGAAUUACAUGAUAAAAGUAACACCUUAUAAGUAAAGUUUCUUAGAAAUAAUACAUAGAGAUAUUAAACCAGCGAACAUUUUGAAAUCUGAUGGUGUGUUCAAAUUAGCUGAUUUUGGUUUCGCAGUUAUUGAAAACUAAUAUGAAAGCAUUAUCAAAAAGUUUAAUGUUGGAACACCAAUGUAUAUGGCUCCAGAAACUAUUUAAUGUAACGUAUAUUCUGAAAAAUCUGAUAUAUGGGCUUUGGGCAUAGUUAUGUAUUAAAUUUUAUACAAACAACUUCCUAUGAAUUCAAAAUAAGAAAAUGAUAUUGAAAAGAGACAUUCUGUUCUAAUUAAUAAAAUUCUAACUGACAAUCUAACAUCUAAAAAAACAAAAGAACUUAUUAUUAAUAUGCUUAACCUUGAACCAUAAAAAAGAUAUUCUAUUAAUGAGAUUAUUUAAAUUCUCAAUCCUUCUCCAAAAAGGCUUUCAUCUAUUUCACACUAGAAUGUUUCUUGUAAAUCAAUUAGAUCACUACCAUCACCAUCUUUAGAUCUUUAAUCUUCAAGAGGUUUAUUUGAUAAUACUUCAUUAUCUAAAUAAUAAAUUAUUAAAAGCUAACCAGAUGAAAUUGUAGACUAAAAUUUACUAUUAUCUAAAUCUUAAAAUAUUUAGGAUAAUUAGAAACUUAAAAUUAUUAAAAUCAAUUAAAUUAGUUAUGAUUUAAAAAUUAAUUCAAAUCAUAAUAAAGCCUUAUAAGCAAGCAAAGACUCUUAAAAAACAAAUACUAUAUAAUAAACUUUAAAAACAAUAAAGCUUUCUGAUAAUCUUAAUUUGUAAGCAAUUGGUAAAUUUUCUAAAGAAUCUCCAUUUAAAUCAAGAGAAGAAUAUUAAACCAAAAGAUUGUAAGCUUAAAUUUCAAAUGAAUUUAUUAAUACAUAUGAUAAAGGACCUUAUAGUUUGGGUGAUAAAACUUUUUUAUUAAAAUCUUCCUAAAUUAGUACAAAUAAGACACAAACUCCUCUGAAAACUGUCUAAAAUAAUAAAGCUUGUGGCAUUACUCCUGAUGAAAGUGAAUGUAUAUAAAGCAAUCAUUAAAAUAGUACUAAUGAUACAAUUAAAUAAAAUUAACUUUCUAAUUGUUUAUAAAUUUUCUAAGAAAAAUAAAACCUUCAGGAUAAUGUUUUAAACUAAUAAAAUUAACCUAAAAGUCAUUUUAAAAUUAUCAAAUCACCUGUUAGAAUUAUUCAUUCACAAUAAACUAUUAUAACUCCCCCUUUUAAAUCUUCAGGAAUUAGUGAAUAAAAGAAAUCUUAAACCAAUAAUUAUAUUUAAAAUAGAGGAAAUUCCCAAGAAUCAUUAUAAAAAUUAAUAUCUAAUUUUUCCACUGAAAAAGUUACUACAGAAUUUUAUCGUAACAAGUUAGAGGAAAAAGAAGAAUAACUUCCUGCAAAUAUAAGACCAACUUUUAAAUUCUUAAACUAUUUGAAUUAAAUAAUUAAAAAUUUUGACAAUAUUAAUACAGAAGAUAAAUAAAAAUGUUAUUUUUUAUUAAGAAAGUUAUUAGGAAUUAAAGCAACUUAUGUUUAAAAAUGCAAUUCAUAAUUUAAACAAGAAUUAAUACAAUUAUGGAUUGAUAAUUUUUUGUCUUAUUAUUCAAAAGUUGAAAAUGUUUUUUAUACAUCCCCUGACAGAUCAUUUGAAUAAUUUUUCAAUAAAGACUUAACUUAAUUUAGUAUUGGAUUUUCAUAACUCUUGUUGUUUUAUCUACAAAAGAUUUUAUUCAUAAAAUAGAGCAAAGAUAUAUAAAUAAUUUCGGAAAUUAUUUCAGAAAAUGUAAGAUAAUCAAAUGAUCCAGUGUUAUUUGCUAGAAGAUGGGAAAAUGAUUAACCUUGA